GUACGUACAGCUUAUCACUUUCAGCUGGUGUUCGCUUGACUCUGCAGGUUAUCGAUGGAGCAAAAGCUGGCAGAAUUCAGAGCACGACGACAGGCUGACCAUGCUGCCAAAAAGGAUCAGUGUGCUGGUCUGCAGUCCAAAACAGAGACGGAGACAGUGACAGAGUCAGCAGGUCAGACUGAGACACCAGCUGACAACCAACAGACAGAAAACAUCCAGACUUCAACUCACAGCCCUCAAAGCGAGGACCGAAGCGACUGGCUGCUGGACAGCGCUCUGGGGAGGUGGCUGUCUUCGAGACAAAUUGUCUUCUCAAACAUUACUCUGCUCAAAGUGCUGCUUUGGCUGGUUCUCCUAGGUCUGUUUGCAGAAUUGGAGUUCGGCCUCCCCUUCUUCGUCAUCUCCCUUUUCUACUGGCUCUAUGAAGGACUCCGUAGCCCAGCGGCCCGUAAGCCUGGAGAACUGAGUGCUUAUUCUGUCUUCAAUCCAGACUGUCAGCCUCUGCUAGGCGCUCUCACUGCGGAGCAGCUGGAGGGCGAGAUGGGUUACAGACCUCUGGCAAACAGAUGAAAUGCUUUGGACAUUUAAAUCAAAUAAUCAGUUCAGGAACAUACAGAGACCUGCUACAGUAAUUUAUGUUCAUUAAUUCUGUAUAACAUAAAAUUCUACUGAUAGUU